AUGGAAGAGACCCUGUCACUGUGGAAGAACAAGAUCAGCUAAAUCGUAGUAUCAAGAAAGCCAAAAGGGCUCGGAUAAGGCCUCGGGUUGGUGAUGACAAUCAACGAGUUCCUCUGAAAGAUUGCUUUGGAAGUACCGUGAAAUGGUUUUGGGAGAUACGGAUGAAGACUUUGAGAUGGGGGCUGAAACUCCCCUGGAAGAUGCUUCCAGUAAUGAAGAGGUAGAUUCGUAUCCCUCGGAUGAUGUGAAAUUUUCGAAAGUACAAUGGAAGAAUUUUAGGGCACCGUGGAGGUCUGCCUUAAUUAUAAAAGUUCUAGGCAAGUCUUUUGGGUAUCAAUUUCUUCUCCGAAGGUUAACCGCAAUCUGGAAACCGAAAGGGGAUUUCAAGUUGAUCAACCUUAGUAAUGAGUUCUUUACUGCGCGUCGGACUUGAAGGAGGAUCGAGACAGGGUUCUUAUGGAGGGCCCCUGGAAGAUUUUAGACCACUACCUUGCGGUUCAGAGUUGGUCUCCCAAAUUUAGGCCUUCAACAGUGUCACUGACUAUUGAUAGGGUUGCUUUGUGAGUUCGUAUCCCUGAUUGUCUGAUGGAACUUUAUAAUGAGACAGGAAUGAAGGGAAUCAGGCAUUUCAUAGGCAAGACUCUAAAAAUUGAUUUCAAGACCCAAUCCGGGAAGAUGGGCCACUUUGCGAGAAUCUACGUUGAGGUGGACCUUACGAAGAAGCUUCGACCUGACUUUACAAUUUUACGAGAAAGGUAUGGAAUCCAAUAUGAAGGGAAUACAUUUAGUCUGUUUCAACUGUGGGGUGUAUGGGCACAAAUUGGAGGAGUGUCCCUUGAGAUGCAACACUGAAACGAAGGUUAACGAUAACUCAUCUGGAAUUCUUGAUUCCGUUGGUGCAGAUUCGAGGGUUCCAAAGGAAAGCAAUAUCCCUGAGUUUCCUCAAAAGCCUUUCAUACCAGUGACAGUUUCUCAGCUAAAUCCUUCACCUGGUCAUGGGCCUUGGAUGUUGGUAGAUCAUUCCAAGAGAAAUGGGGGAGGUAAACCACCUCGUACAAGGUCAGGAAGAGGUUUCAUAUCAUCUAAAAACUUGAACACUAAGUGGAAUUUAAAUUCGGACCCAAAUGAAGAGCCCAUGAAUGUUCUUGACACAAUUGUUGAUCCAACUAUGAAGCGUGAUCCUAUAAAGUCUUUCCAAAUUAAGUCAGUUGAGAGGGUGAGGUUAGCAAGAGAUCAAGACUCUUGGAGGUUUAAGAACAAGAUUCCUUUUGCUGGACCUGGGGCAAAUUUUUCAAGUCUUCCUUUCGAUUAUCAGGGGACCCUUGUAAUUCAAGAUACGGAUGGAAGACGAAAACCUCGUUGGAUGGAUCAAGAUUAUGACCCUGGGGACAUGGACUCAGAACAGGAAGAUGAUACUGAUCCAAAAUCACCAAUUCCUCGCAAUGGAUAUUUUGAUUCGGCUGGGCCUCAACAAGUGAGACUUUGUAUAGGAAGAGUAUUUCUCAUAAGGACCAGAUAAUGAAUUUAGGAGAUGACAAUGUUGUUAGGAAUAAGAGAGACGAAAACGCAGCUCAGGGAAUGGAGUUUGCUUCAAGAAAACAAGGAAGGGAAAUUUCUACAGCAGGGGACAUCUCCCCAUAAGGAAGUAACUCUAAACUAUCAUAGUUUUAAUGAUUUUUAUGUCCUGGAAUCGUAGGGGGCUGGCAGCCCCCGUUUUAAAUAUGUUCUUAGGGAUAUGAUCCAAGCUUAUAAUCCGGAUGUGCUAGUAAUCUUAGAAACCAAAGUUAGUGGUAUUGUGGCCGAUAGAGUUUGUGGUAGUUUUUUAAGAUUUUCUUAUACUCGCAUUGAAGCUUCGAGAUUUAAGGGUGGCAUUUGGGUGCUGUGGAAACCUAAUCGUGUUUCACUUGUUGAGUCAAAUAGACACAAUCAAGUCUUUCACUUUAGGAUCACUAAAGGUAGUUUCUCGGGUGUGUUUACUACUAUAUAUGGGAGCCCGCAGAGGGCCACAAGAAGGGAAUUAUGGAUUUUUCUCGAGUCAAUCGCGUCUGAAAUUGCUGAGCCUUGGCUACUAUUAGGUGACUUUAAUGAGAUUUUGGUGAGCAAGGAAAAGUUGGGUGUUGCCUCUUUUAAUCCGAGUUUAGCGACCCUGUUUAUCAAUAUGAUGAAUAAUUGCCAGCUAUUGGACCUUGGCAGUACAGGACCUAAGUUUACUUGGAGAGGGCCGCUGUUACAAGGGUGCUCUAGAAUUUUUGAGAAGUUGGAUAGAGGUUUCACAAAUACGGAAUGACAAUUAGCUUUCCCUGAGACAUCCAUUAGAGUUCUACCUCGAGUUAAAUCUGACCAUCGCCCUAUUCUGUUAGACACGGCUGGAUUUUGUGCCAGUAGUCAUUCUCAAAAACCUUUUCGGUUUAUGGCAGCAUGGCUAACCCAUAAGAUGUUUCCCUCAUUCCUCGAAGAGAUUUGGCCCAAAUCUGAACCUCUAACAACAGGGUUAGCAACUGCCCAAGGGAAAUUUUCGCAUUGGAAUAAGGAAAUAUUCCAAAGCAUUUCUAAAAGGAAAAAGGUAAUUCUGGCCCGACUAGCAGGUAUCCAACGAAGAAUUCCCCAUAGUCGCAAUUUAUUCCUGUUAACUUUAGAAGUUGAGUUAAAUAGAGAGCUUGAUAAUAUUCUCCUACAAGAGGAAAUCACCUGGUUUCAAAGAUCUAGAUGUGAAUGGGUGUGGUUUGGGGAUCGCAAUACAAAACUUUUCCAUACUAGGGCUAUAAUAUCCUGUAAAAUGAUUCACAUAGAGACUUUAAAAUAUGUCAAUGGCAAUUGGGUUUCGGAGGAUUCAACCUUUAAGGUGCUGGCAGUUGAGCAUUUCUAGAAUCUGUAUGAAAUCUUAGAUACGAGGGUUAAAUUAAUUACGGAUACGACCUUCCCUAUCCUUCCAGCAGAAGCUAUGAGGAAUCUGAUUAAACACGUUUCUUUAGAAGAGGUUCAUUCAGCAAUGUUUGCCAUUCUGGUCCAGACGAAUUUCAGGCUGUUUCUUACCAACAAAAUUGGUCUACUAUUGCCUCCUCGGUGGUUGCAUUUGUGAAAGAUAUUUUGGAGAAAGGAAAUUCAAUAGAAAAGGCGAAUAACACUUUCAUAGUUCUUAUUCCUAAAGUUGAGCUCCCUGAAUCUAUAACUCAAUUUAGACCAAUUAGUUUAUGUAACGUUUCCUAUAAGCUCGUCACUAAGAUGAUUGCCCUUAGACUGCGAGACUAUCUAGGGAUGAUAGUUUCUCCCAAUCAAGCUAGCUUCAUUCCAGGGAGGCAUAUACAAGAUAAUAUCAUUAUUGCACAAGAGCUAAUUCAUACAAUGGAAAAAUUAAAUAAAUCUAGGAAAUUCAUCUUAGUUAAAGUAGACCUAGAGAAGGCGUAUGAUAGAAUUGCCUGGGACUUUUUGGAAGAAAUUCUAGAGUUGGUAGGUCUCCCUAGGAGUUUGAUAAAGGUUAUAAUGGAUUGUGUAAGUUCGGCGAAGAUGUAAUCCUUUGGAAUGGGGAACCCACUUCCGUCUUUAGUAUGAGGAGGGGUGUUCGGUAGGGUUGUCCUUUAUCUCCCUAUUCGUUCGUUCUUUGUUUAGAAAGACUUUCCCACUAUAUCGAGGACGCGGUUAGAUAGAGUAGGUGGAAGCCUAAUCCUGUGGGUUCACAUGGGCCAGCCAUCUCCCAUGUGAACUUUUUAUUGUCUUUUAGAAGCUUUCAACACCUCUCUCGUGCUCCCUACUCGAAUUCAAGACUUUAUAUGAGAAUCUGUGGAUGUCUUUGUGCUCUGGUCUAAUGCAUUUGGUUAUGUUAUUUCGAAUAUAUGACUAGAAAGAAACAAUCGUACAUUUCCUUUUGAAAGUCUCUAGAUCAAUAACUCAUCUUUGGGACGAUAUUAUAUUAGCUGCCUCUUCUUGGUCGGCUAAAUCAACGGUUCUUUCCUUCUAAUUAUGAUAUAUUUAUCACCUCUCUAAGUUGGAUUCCUUUUACUUAGCCUACUUUUUUAUGGGCAUCAUUUUUAUGUUCCUCACCUACUUUUUGAAUAAAAGAUCUAAUGUCUCUUCCAAAAUAAAAAAAAUAAAAAAGUUUAUAGGUAUAUAAGUAAGGGACAACAUCUUUAUCACGGUAUCUCAAGUAUCUUCUCAUGCUCAAAGUAAAUAAUAUAUUGUGGAGAUAUUUGAGGUGCUUGGUGUUGGGAUAAUUGAGCCAAAACAAGAAACCCAUGUCGUAUGAAGAAAAUGAUUAUAAUAUUGUUUUUCCUAUAAGGAUUAGGAUAUUUGACCUCCUAUAAAUAGAGUCAUUUUGUUUAUGUGUUGUUGCAAAUCAAAGUGGCCAUUGAACGUGAACGUGUACGUGCACGAAUUUUCAGAGGGCAACGACAGUGGUAUUUAGUAGAGUUUCAGAGGCGAGAUCCAGAAUUGUAGAACAUCGUCAACAACCUAUUCUCGCGGGUAUUUGGUGCAUGAAUUUUCAGAGGACAACUGUAGUGGUAUUUGGCAGAGUUUCAGAGGCGAGAUCCCGGGGUUGUAGAGUAUCGUCAGCAACCUAUUCUCAUAGGUAUUUGGUGAUGUUUUUCAUUUCGAUUUUUUAGGAUUCUAUUGUUGUAGUUUCUAGAAGCUAGGUGACUUUUGUCGAGACCUCUAGAUUUAAGAGAUUAUUGUAUUUGCCCAUUGUAUUAUCUCAAAAUCAUAGUAAAACUGUUGCCGUGGAAGAUUGGACAUAGCCCGUAGUUAGGGUGAACCAGUAUAAA